AUGCAAUCCUUUUCUCAUAACGUUCUCAACCCAGGACUUCCUGCUAGAUUCUCCGCCAGACUGGUUUUCACUCGAUCCAUAUCCCUCACCCGUGCCAUCGAGAAUGGUAAACGCAAACAGCAAGACUCGGCCUUGAGGCAUGAUAGACGCCACCAAUUCCCGAGCCAUCGCCAGAAGGGUCAAGUUCUAGAGCACAACCAAGACCAGCAAUCAACCUCGUCCCCAUCCUCGUCAAGCUCUGAGCCCCCUGCCUCUUUCAUUUCCUCCAUCUCGUACACUACUGCGAGUUCGGAAUUUCUUUAUGGAACAUUCUCAGUUCUCUCCGCCCUAAGGGCCAGACGCCGCAAGAUCUACAACCUAUACCGCUUGCCUUCUUCGUCCAAUCUAGAACUCGAUCCAGAGUCUGAGACUGCUACCAGCUAUACCGUAGCGAGAGAAGAGAUUCAUCAUCUGGCUCGACACCAACAGGUCAACAUCCAAGAACUACGUGGGACAGAUGCACUCAAUACAUUCAAUAAACUGUCUGGGAGACGUCCACACGGCGGUCUUAUCCUCGAGGUAUCUCCCCUUCCGAGGUUAUCAAUCAAUGCUCUCGGUCCCGUCGUCUCGAAGCAAGAUGACCUGCAGUUAGUUCCGUCCAACAGCACCCCACUUGACACUGGCGUCGAUGAUCUUUUUCGCCUCAAUGGCAAUCAUCGUACCAUUCCCUCCAGUCGACCUCCCAAUCAAUAUCCGUUCGUCCUUUUGCUGGACGGUGUCACAAACCCUGGCAAUUUUGGUGCUAUAGUCAGAUCUGCCUGGUUUUUGGGCGUUGAUGCCAUCAUCAUUCCGGACCAUGGGACUUCACCAAUUUCCCCUGUAAGCAUCAAAGCAUCAGCUGGUGCCCUUGAACUGAUGCCCGUCUUGACCAUCAAAAAUGAAAGACUAUUCUUGAUUGAGUCUCGUGCUUCUGGCUGGAAAUUCUUCACCGCGGCUGCUCCACCUCCGACCAAAGACAACGUCUCUCCCAAUGCACGAAUAGAGGGUGCGCUGUCUAACCACCCUUGUGUGCUGGUGUUUGGGAACGAAAAGUCUGGUCCCCGGAAGUUCUGGAGACCAUACAUGCACAGCACUGUUUCAAUACCCAACGCGAGAGGGACAUUGGGCGAUGUGGACAGUCUUAAUGUUAGCGUUGCUGCAGCAUUAUUGACCCAGAAAUUCUUCGACUUUGCUCAACCAUCAGUCGUCCCGGCGAAGGACGCAAAAUUGGAGAGUGCAACUUCCAGUCCAUUCGUCGACUCAUUUGGCUUGGAAGGUAGUAAAAUAUUCUGA